AUGGAAGAUAAGAACGAGGCAGUAAGAGUUAUGGAGGCUGGCGGUGUGGGGUGGGCGGGUGCUGUAAAUCUCGCCCUGACGGUGCACAGUGGCGGCGGCGGUGGAGAGGGUGGAGGCACGUACUACGACGAUGAGAUAUAUGCCAGCGUGGGUAUGCGCACUUUAUUCCAGCGAAUCGCUGAAUCAGUCUGUGCCAACAUCGUGCCCGCUGGCUUCAAUCCGAAGUUGGCGCGUUACAUCCAGCAACGCGGCGCAUUUGAAAACGCGUAUCGAUUUUUACCAAAGCUGAGUUCUGCAGCAAGUCGGUCACGUGACCGUGAAACCAACAGCAUGGAACACGGUUUCACCGAGUAG